AUGAAACUGCGUUCACAUGAAAUUCUUUCGACGCGCAUCAAUACGAAAUCGAUACCGAACAAACCAUCAUCACGUUUGAAGAAAUUAUUCCAUGGAAAAAAUCUCUUCAAGAAGAAAAUUUCUCCUGCAUCAUCAUCAUCAUCAUCAACUGGAGCAACAACACCACUGUCGACUGGUUUACUUCACGGAAUUCCUGAUUAUGUUCGAAAAAGUUUUCUUCGUUAUUUGCUCGAGUCUCCAACUUCUUCUUCAUCUUCGUCGAUUAUACAGCAAAAUUCUCCAUCACGAAACGUUCGACCGCCAUUAAUGGGUAUUCAAGCAUUGAAAAAUAAAAAACAACAACAUCGUCAUCAUCAGACGAAACGUUCCUUACGCACAAGAGCUCAACCUGUGCUUGAUAAUAACCAACCGUUCGAAGAUUAUCCCGCACAGAACAAUUAUGACAUGACAAUUUUGCAUAUGAAUUUCGAUGACGAAAGUGACGAGAGUUCAAUAUUUGCCACGAAAUCAAGUACACAUCAGAGGAAACCAAUUCCCCAAUGGGCGAGAAAAAAUGAACUCCAAAUCGCCAUGUGUAAUCAAAUUUAUUUUCAUCGUAAUCCAAGUGAAAUCUUCGGAAAUACAAUUGACUGUUCUCCUGCACAUCUACGAACAAUCCUUCAUUCCAUGCUACCGAACGUUCAACUGCUGGAUGAUGAUCUUCCGCGUCCGACGAAUCCAAUACCUAUUAAUAGUAACAAAUCGAUAUUGGUCUAG